AAGAACAAUCUAUUAUGGAUGGAUCGUCUUGAAGCAACAAUGCGGAAAUAUUUGCAGUCGAGUACAGCCAAAUUAAAGCAUUGAACUUUUUUUGGGCUCUCAUAUAUGCUUUAGCCUUGGUCGGUGAUACACAACUAACUGACUAGUUGGUCACCACAAUCAAACUUUGGGUACAUUGACGAACACACUGCCUCCGGCGCAUCCCAUAAUGGCCUCCAACGACGCACACCAGGAUACGCAGUUUCCCUCUGCCACUACCCCCAGGGACAAUUCGAUUACAAGACAUGGCUUCAAAAUAACUACCCAAAAACUACCAAUACUCAAAGCCGGCCCAAUCGAUGAGAUGACUACGAAACUUGGCAUUGCACCUCCAGAGAUGAUAUUUGGCGACAACCACGUCACAAUCGAGCACCAGCCCUCGGGAUGGAAACUAGAUUUCAACGCUUUUGAUGCCUUGGACCGUGUCGACAAAAGUGGGGAGACUAUGCUGAAAGUGGCUUAUUCAAAGGAGUGGCAGCAGAGCAGAGAAAACAGUCAUCAAGGGAUUAAAGAGGUAGUCAAACCAUUUGAUUGGUCCUAUAGCACAAAUUAUAAAGGGACACUUUCUCCAGGCGGAAAACCAUUCGAAAAUUCAUCAUCCCCGAUUCCCAUUGAACUCCUAAAACGACCAGAUCCCAUCCUCUUUUUCGACGAAGUUAUGCUAUAUGAAGAUGAGCUGGCGGAUAAUGGUAUUGCCAUGUUAUCGUGCAAGAUACGUGUCAUGCCUUCUCGCCUACUCCUUUUGUCCCGGUUUUUCAUGCGGUUAGAUAAUGUACUGGUUCGCCUAAGGGAUACUAGAAUAUAUGUCGAUUUUGAAACGCGGGAAGUAAUUCGGGAGUAUCAGGCAAAGGAAGAGAAAUAUGAUGAAGUGCGACAGCGCCUAGUAAGCUCGAGGGAAGAUAUUCCGGCUAUAAUGCGAGACCCCAAUAAACUCUCGGAAUUAUUGCCCAAGGUGGAUGCGAGUUUGGAACAUGUUUUCGUUGACGGUUGAGGUGUUUAGCUUCGGUAUCGCUCUCCUUGUAAAAGUAACGCAACUCUGCGCCCUCAUGAUAUAUCGUGAACUCCCAUGAAUACAAUCCGAGGAAAGCUACGUACCCUGGUCGCUCCAGAGGCGUCGGCGAAACCCACCUUACGAACUAUCUUAGAACCUCCGUUCAUGGAAGUUGUGGGUGGACCAUCCUUCUAAACUUGAGUAUAGGUGGUAGCCUGCCGGCACCUAUUACAUGUACCGUACACUCUUGCUGUUGUCUUUAUCCUGCUUUGAGCCUGUAGUUAUGUAGUGUCAAGAUACCUAGUCCCAUGCAUGUAUAGGGGCAUAUACAGUACAUACUUUAUGAGAUAAUACUAUUAAUAUCUUAUUGAAUAGUAAUAUUACACUGCGUAGCUAAUUCUACUGAUAAUUAAC